AUGGCGGCCCCCGCUCUCUCCACCGGCGGAUUGAUCGAUCCGACCAAACAAGCCGAGUACCCGAUAGUCCUGGGCGACAGACUAGCCGGACGAAAUGGCGCCUCUCAGUCGCCACUGGUCAACGUCCAGUAUAAUUAUAAAACCAAAUCUGCGACCGCGCGGCAACGAAUCACCCGAAGCCGGCAAUCCCGAGACCGCUACAAUCUGACGAUCACCGAUAAAGCCCCGAGCACCGGCAACGUCCUGACCUACUCGUAUCAAGGCAGCGUGGACCCUGCGCAAGCGGUCUCGGAUUCGGGGGAACACAAUCUGGUCUUGGUCUUCGAUGCGGCGCGGAAAGUGUUUGUGUUGGAGCCGGUCGCAACGCAACUCAACUUCAACCUCCGCUCUGCCCCCGCAAAAUCACAGAAGCAGGUGCUCGAGCAGCAUGCACAGUUGCGGACACUGCAGGAGGAUGACCAUGGCUCGGGUGAUGACCGGGCUUCCGACACGGCGAGCGGCAACGAUGACGGCCCAGCCGAUGACAGCAACCCUUACGACUACCGCCACUUCCUUCCCAAGGAGAGUGCUGACGAUGAGAAGUCGGGCUCGGACAAAACACCGGAAAUCCACUUCCACACCAGCAAGGUCGAUACUCCAUUGCUGCCCGCGACGAAACCCACCCCUAGCCCUCGACCCCGCCCGGAGAGCCGACCGACCCCCGUCCAGUCGAAGAAGAAACCUGAGGUUAGACAACCCAAGCCAACAGCCACCAAGGCGCGGCCCAAGUCUCCAGUUCGCACAACGCAGAAAGGCGAGGACCGAAAACCAAAGACAAAAGAAAAAGAGCCCCCGGCGGAGGCAUCCAGGGCUCCCCCCCCUGAAAUCGGCCCGGGUGCCGUGUCUGCUCAAACAACCGUUCCGUCACCAGGGUCGAACAUUAUCAUCGACGGCGAUCUCAUCAUCGACAUGGGCUCUCCGCCCCCGUCUCGUCCCUUCAAGGUCAACCCUGCCCAUUUCUCCUCAAACAACACCCCCGCGAAUGGCGACGACGGUGAUGACGAUGAGGACGACGAGGACAUCGAGGCCCUGCGGCUCCCAUCUCCGGCUGGACACGGAGGGGCGCCCGCGGUGUCGGCAAACAUGGGCCAUGGCCCUGCGAUCACGAUGGACGAUGAGGAUGUUGAUGAGGAGGAUGAUGAUGAUGCCUUGGCGGCCGAGAUGGAGGCAGCAUUUGAGGAAAGUGCACGGGAAGAAGAGGAGGCUCGGAGUCAGCAAUCCCACUCGCACCCGGCGUCCCACCAGUAUCAUGUUGUUAGUGAAGACGAGAGUGAUGUGAGUGAGGAGGAGUAA